AUACUAUUUCCCACACUUCCACGCAGCGUCUGGAGAGCGGCGCUGUGUCUUUAAGAGGCCGAGCCUCGCCGCGCCGCGCCGCGCUGUAGGGAUCGGCUGAUGGGGGAAGGGCUCUGGCUCUGGCUCUCGCUCUCGCACUCAUGGCGGAGAGCAGACCUUUCACCGCCGCUGCCGCCGUCGCCGCCGUCGCCGCUCGGAUCCGCCAAACCCGCGUCUGAUCAGGGGCGACAGGACGACAUGAGCGCUGCUGAGAUCGCGGACAGACUGCGCGUUGUGUUUCUGAUUUUACCGAGUCCGAGAGAGCCAGCUGCGUCCGUACACGGUGAGACGAAACAAACCUGUGUUAUUAUCAUCAUCAUCAUCAUCAUCGUCGUCGUCGUUAUACACUCUCCGAUCUCUCGGUUGCGUCUCACGUGUGCACCCUUGAAACGAUUUAGUGUCCUCACCGGGCCUGGGAGGCUGUGAGUUAUUCGGAAAGGAACUGAAGAACAAACAGGGGAAAUGGCUGCGACCGCUGGCUUCUCCUCCAAUGGACCCGUACCCUGGACGCUGAGCGACACCGAGGUGAACAAUCUCUACCGGGAUCUGGAGCUGGGCACCGUUUUGACUCUUUUUUACUCCAAAAAGUCCCAGAGGCCGGAAAGGAGGACGUUUCAAGUCAAGCUCGAGACCAGGCAGAUCAUCUGGACGAGGGGAACGGAUAAAAUCGAGGGCGAGAUUGAUAUUCGGGAGAUUAAAGAGAUCCGCAUGGGUCAGAAGUCACGAGACUUUGAGCGUUAUGUGGAGGACUCGACCGCCCGACCCGAACAGGCCUACUGCUUCGUCAUCCUCUACGGCACUGAGUUUCGGCUCAAAGCACUCAGUCUGGCAGCCACCUCAGAUGAGGAGAUGAUGAUGUGGGUGAAGGGCUUGAACUGGCUGGCGACCGAUACGCUAAGCUCCCCCACACCCCUGCAGAUAGAGAGGUGGCUGAGAAAACAGUUUUACGCAGUGGAUCGUAACAGAGAAGACAGAAUUUCCUGUAAGGAUCUGAAAAGCAUGCUGUGCCAGGUCAACUACAGAGUUCCCAAUAUGAGGUUCUUACGAGAGAAACUUCCGGACGGAGAGCUGAGGAAUGGAGAUGUAUCUUACAGUCAUUUCGCCCAGUUGUACCGCAGCCUGAUGUUUGACGCGCAGAAAUCAAUGGAGAUUCCACUGCUGCAGAGGCUUAUUGAGAGACCGGAGCAGAAGAUCUCACUGGAGGACUUCCAGAGCUUCCUGAUCGAACACCAGAAGGAGCUCUGGGCUACAGACAAUAACAAGGUGCAGGAGUUCAUGUUCCACUACCUGAAGGAUCCUCUGCGAGAGAUCGAGCAGCCUUACUUUCAUCAGGACGAGCUGCUCACGUACCUGUUCUCAAAAGAGAACACUAUCUGGGACUCAGAGCUUGAUCAGGUGAGGCCGGAGGACAUGAGCAACCCCCUGUCCCACUACUGGAUCUCCUCAUCCCACAACACCUACCUGACGGGAGACCAGUUUUCCAGUGAGUCGUCUCUGGAGGCGUACGCCCGCUGUCUGCGCAUGGGCUGCAGAUGCAUCGAGUUGGACUGCUGGGACGGUCCUGAAGGGAUGCCUGUUAUCUACCACGGUCACACCCUCACCACCAAGAUCAAGUUCAACGAUGUGCUUAACACCAUCAAAGAACAUGCCUUCGUUACGUCUGACUAUCCCAUCAUCCUCUCCAUCGAGGACCACUGCAGCAUUGUCCAGCAGAGGAACAUGGCCACCUUCUUUAAGAAGGUGUUUGGAGAAAUGCUCCUGACGAAAGCGGUGGACAUCUCCGCCGACGGUCUCCCUUCGCCCAAUCAGCUCAAGAGGAAGAUUCUGAUCAAGCACAAGAAAUUAGCCGAGGGAAGCGCGUACGAAGAGGUCUCGUCUUCAACGCCCUACUCUGAGAACGACAUCAGCAACUCCAUCAAGAAUGGCAUCCUGUACCUGGAGGAUCCCAUCAACCACGAGUGGUAUCCUCACUUCUUUGUUCUGACCAGCAAUAAGAUCUAUUACUCUGAAGAGACAUCCAGUAAUCAAGGGAACGAGGAUGAAGAGGAGCACAGAGAGAUCUGUAACGGCAUGGACCAGCACGUGACGGAGAAGUGGUUUCACGGGAAACUGGGAGCGGGACGUGACGGGCGUCAGAUCGCAGAACGGCUGCUGUCGGAGUACUGUCUGGAGACCGGUGCGCCGGACGGAUCCUUCCUGGUGCGGGAGAGCGAGACCUUCGUGGGCGACUACACUCUCUCCUUCUGGCGGUCCGGUCGGGUUCAGCACUGCAGGAUUCACUCUCGGCAGGAAGCCGGCAGCCCCAAGUUCUACCUGACGGAUAACCUGGUGUUCGACACUCUGUUCGCCCUCAUCACACAUUACCAGCAGGUGCCUCUGCGCUGCAACGAGUUUGAGAUGAAGCUGACCGAGCCGGUGCCUCAGACCAACGCUCACGAGAGCAAAGAGUGGUAUCACGCGUCCCUGUCCCGGAGUCAAGCGGAAAACAUGCUGAUGAGAGUCCCGCGUGACGGGGCUUUCCUCGUAAGGAAGAGAACGGAAGUCAACUCGUUCGCCAUUUCCUUCCGGGCCGAGGGCAAGAUAAAGCACUGCCGCGUGCAGCAGGAGGGGCAGACCGUGGUGUUGGGCACCUCCGAGUUCGACAGUUUAGUCGAUUUAAUCAGUUACUACGAGAAACAUCCGCUGUACCGGAAGAUGAAGCUGCGCUACCCCAUCAACGAGGAAACACUGGAGAAGAUCGGCACCGCUGAGCCUGAUUAUGGAUCUCUGUAUGAGGGACGUAACCCUGGGUUUUAUGUGGAAGCCAAUCAGAUGCCCACGUUUAAGUGCACAGUACGAGCCAUGUACGAAUACAAAGCCCAGCGUGAUGAUGAACUUUCCUUCAGUAAGAACGCCAUCAUUCAGAACGUGGACAAACAGGAAGGAGGCUGGUGGAAGGGAGACUAUGGAGGGAAGAAGCAGCUGUGGUUCCCUGCGAAUUACGUUGAGGAAAUCAGCCCGACAGCCGUGGAGCCCGACCGAUCACAGGCUACAGAGAACAGUCCUCUGGGAGAUCUCCUGAGAGGAAGUGUGGACGUGUCUUCCUGUCAGAUCGUGGUCCGGCCCGAAGGGAAGGGCAGCAGACAGUUCGUCUUCUCUCUGGUGCCUGUGGCUUCGCCUCGCACCGGCCCGGUGCUGGACAUCGCCGCCAGCUCACAGGAGGAGCUGAAGGACUGGGUGGUGAAGAUCCGCGAGGUCACCAUGACCUCUGAAGCCAAGCUUGAGGAGGGUAAAAUGAUGGAGAGAAGAAAGAAGAUUGCUCUCGAGCUGUCGGACCUCGUCAUCUACUGCCGACCGGUUCCUUUCGACGAAGACAAGAUCGGAACGGAGAGGGCCUGUUUCCGGGACAUGUCCUCGUUUCCCGAGACCAAAGCGGAGAAGUACGUGAACCGAAUCAAAGGGAAGAAGUUCCUGCAGUACAACCGCCUGCAGCUCUCUCGGAUCUACCCCCGAGGCCAGCGCCUGGACUCGUCCAACUACGACCCCUUACCCAUGUGGCUGUGCGGCAGUCAGCUGGUGGCCCUCAACUUCCAGACCGCAGAUAAGCCCAUGCAGAUGAACCAGGCGCUCUUCAUGCUGAACGGCAAGAGCGGUUACGUGCUGCAGCCGUCCAUCAUGAGAGACGACAGCUUCGACCCGUUUGACCGGCACUCUCUGAGAGCAGUGGAGCCCAUCACGCUCAGCAUAGAGGUUUUGGGAGCGCGCCACCUGCCCAAACACGGCCGAGGUAUCGUCUGCCCUCUCAUCGAGAUCGAAGUUUGCGGAGCAGAAUAUGACAACGCCAAGCAGAGGACUGACUCUGAAGCGGACAAUGGUCUGAACCCCACCUGGCCCAAAAAACCCUUCCGGUUCACCGUCUGCAACCCUUCCUUUGCCUUCCUGCGCUUCGUGGUCUAUGAAAUCGACAUGUUCAAUGACCAGAACUUUCUCGCCCAGGCAACGUUCCCCAUCAACUGCCUCAAAACAGGCUACCGGUCGGUCCCGCUGAAGAACAGCUACAGUGAGGAUCUGGAGCUGGCGUCUCUGCUGGUGCACAUGGACAUCGUCAGAGGACGGCAUGAGAACGGCGAGAUGCUCAGUCCGUUCUCGACGGCGGGGGCGAUGGCCAUGGCCAUGCAGGUGGGCCGGGAGCGGAUGGGGGACACCAGCUCCACCUCUUCCACGUCCUCCAUGUCCCCGCUGCCCUCGUCCCCGGGCCAGGCGCUGGGGUAUCGCGGCCGGGAGGGCUCGUUCGAGGCCCGCUACCAGUCUCCGCUCGAUGACUUCAGAGUGUCCCAGGAGGCGCUGUUGGACCACGAGAACAGGAGGCUCCGCAGGGCUCGCGUCAGCGCUGAUAACCGAGCGUAACCCGGUCGGCCGGGCGUGCGACGGACGGACGGAGCGAGCGACGCAAGGCCAGCGACAAGGGUCCCACAGAGCUGAUGAUGUCAAGGACUGCCGUGAAGCCGCUUCUGUGGAAACCGUCAUCGCUGGCGUUUUCGGACAGAUCUUCCUCUCUCUGCGAGUCUCUCCCGCUCCGGGCCGCGUGAGGGGGGGGGGAAUCAACGGAGCUGCGGCUCACGGACAGAAACGAACAAUUAUCUGCUUGGCUACAAUCUGAACCUGCGGCGGACGGGACGGGGGUGUUCUGAUGCGGCGCGAGACUCAAGGACAAGGCCAAUGUUUCAAAAUUGAGUGGGGGCUGUAUCAUUCAUCACUUUGAAACCGAUUCCAGGUUAACAAUUAUGGAGUAAUAAUACUUUUUCUUUACUCUGUCUCUCUGGCUUAUAUAUAUAUAUAUAUAUAUAUAUAUAUAUAUAUAUAUAUAUAUAUAUAUAUAUAUAUAUAUAUAUAUAUAUAUAUAUAUAUAUAAAAUGUGUGUGUGCGCCCCAUGUUGCUGUCGGUUAGAAAAGCGUUGCAGCUGAUCUGCUCUCAAAGAGCCUCUCACUCCAGAUUUUUGUAUUUCAUUUCAGAUCGAUUAUUUUUAUUAUUUAAACGUCUGUUUCGUAAUGUUGUUUUUUUUCUACUCGUUUUAACAUGAGGGCUUGGCCUUUUUAAUUGCGUUUUUCGCCUCUCUCUUCCCUCUUUCCGAGUUACUGGACUGAACACGUCCCAGGAUGCUCUUGCGUUUCGUGUUUUUUGGCACAGGCAGAUGGCAGCGUUGAAGACCUCAUCGAAGCGUCCGCUGUCUGAGCAUCAGGAAGGCGUUCUUCGACAUUUACCAACUUUUAUUUAGUUUUAAUAUACAGUUACGACGUUAUCAAGUGACCAGAGAGCAAUAUCACUCUCCUUGUUUUAUGUUGUGCCAGUCUGCACAGGUGGACUUGAAUUCACAAACAGCUCAGGUGGGGGUUUUCAGGCUACGGAAGCAUCAGAAACAUUGUGUAUUUAGUUUACAAGACUUGGACCAUCUCAUUUCAGAACGUUUUAUCCCUCUAUCACCGUUUCUGUCGUUUAGUCACCGUUUCUCCACAUUUCAGCAAUUGAGAAGUCUUGUUCCUGAAGGCUUUUUAUCGUUUUUGUCUUUAAAUAGGGAGGACGUUUUAUGUGCGAUUUAGUAGCGUGUUAACCAUGAUGUCUGUUUGAAGAAAGCCAAAGGUAGAUUGUGCAGGUGGUUCAUACAAAAAAUUGGGACCAAAAUAAGUCCGUCUCAGUUCAUUGGGUUACAAAGUAGAGAAUAUAUGGAUGUUUUGUUUUUUCUUCUGUGGACAGGAGUAAGGGCAUUUUGGUCAGUUUUUUUUUUAAGAUGUAUACCUUGUUCCAAGCUGUCAUAGUUUUGUGUUAUGCCAUAUUAUUGCUAAAAUACAGAUUGUAAUUGAUUGAUAACCGGCUAAGACUGAUGAGUUAGAUUAGAGUUGAUGUACAGUAAAAACAAGGCCAUAUUUAUUGUAGCUCUGAUAAGUUUCAUGCAUUCUCUUGUUUAGCCAGUAGAGGUUGAGAUGUUACCAAACUGCACACGUACACAUGCCAUCGAUUUCUGCAAAACAUUUAGUGUCUAACAGCCAUAUAAGAAGCCAUUGUGAUGCUGUUGCAUUAUUUUUCUGUCACUGAUGCUUUACCUUGCUCUCCGUUUGACCAUGGGGUCCAGAUGUGUUUAUGGAGCAGGGUGACCAAGGAAAAAUCAUCUGACAUUUUCUUCCCCCCUUUUGUUUGCCUUGUGGCUGCUAUGUUAUGGCAGUAUUGUCACAGUAUUUAUUUGGUUCUGUGCAUGACAGCUCAGAGUCUGCUCCACAAUUAACUCCUCAAUUUCCCCAGACUGGGCACCUACAGGAAUGCUAACUCAUUAGAAAGUUGGGGCAUUUUAACAUGGAGGGAUGUGCAAUUCGAGCAACCAGCUAGCGCCUUUGGAUGCAUGUGUAAGUUUUCAUUCCUCUUUUUCUAGUGUAUAGCAAAUUGCAUUAUGCAAUCUAGAAAUAUUACAGAAAGACACAGGGACCAUAAUCACUUCCUGAGCUCUGAGAGGAAAAGACAUGGCCAAACUCCUUCAGAGGGAAUUCACUCAAGUUCCCUUGCAUUAAUUCCUAAUUAGCCAACAUUCCCUCAAUUUGUUUUCAGUGUUAAUCCCUUUCCUUGUACUUCUGUAGCCCCUCUCCAGUCUGUAAAUUAGUUUCUGCUGUCUUCUUGCAUCAUCUUUCAUGUGCCUUGGUGUAUGUAUACAUAUAUACAUCAACGAAAGAUUCCCUGUCGGACAUGUAUGCCUUUUUCUAUGCUUUCUUGCAUCAGCAUUUUGUUACCAAUGUUCUUAUUUACAAACCAAGCCUUUUCUGUAACGUGCCUAUGCUAUAUUGGAGGAAGUAUGUUUUAAUUUUGCUUUUCAUAUGAAACAUAAUCAAGCCUGAGAAUAAAGUACUUAUUCAACAAUAAAAA